UGUUGUAUAUCCUGGAAACGGGAAAACCGGAAUAGAUAUCGCAUGGACCAGUGAAUGGAUCCCAGUUAAUAAAUACUGGAGCUGAUAGGCAUUUGUGGUUUAAGUAUGGAUGAAGUGAUGAGCGGGAGUGAGGUGAAGGAAUUUGUAGAAAGGCUGACCCUGGGCAUUACCCGUGUGUUGGAAAGUUUCCCUGGAGUGACAGACGUGAGGUUCGUAGAGAGGGGACCAGCGGAGCGCCACACACUGCAGACCUGGGAGCAGAGAAACAGCUGUGUCCUGCCAGAGGACCUGAAAGAUUUCUACCUCACCAUGGAUGGCUUUCAACUCUCUUGGAGCUCCAAGCUGGAUAGUGAGCCAGUUCCACUGGGCUCUAUGGUAAUAAACAGUGUCCUGAAGUUGCAGCCCUUGUGCCAGUCCUCGGUGUAUUCCUUACCCAGCUCCCCCACACUGGCAGACCUGGACUACGAGGACGAUGGACAAGAGUGCCAGCCAGCGAAACCCCAUUUUGACUCCCGAAGCCGCGUGUUUGAGCUGGACCCUUGCAAUGGGAGCGGCAGAGUCUGUCUCGUGUACACAAACGCCAAACCAGGAGCUGUGGCUGAGCAGUGUGAAGUGUGGUUCCUGGACCGUGCCCUGUACUGGCACUUCCUCGCUGCCUCCUUCACUGCCUACUACAGACUGAUGAUCACCCACCUGGGGCUGCCCGAGUGGCAGUACAGAUUCACCCCGUACGGGCCCAGCCCUCAGGCCAAGCAGUGGGCUUGCCUGUAUCGGCCCCUCAUCUCUCACGGCAACCCUCUCACUGAUCAGGGCGAGCCCCUCCUCAACAAACUGGACCCCAACAGGGCCUUCAGGGGCAAAACCAAACAGCCCCUGCCCAAGAAGAAGCCCCCUGCCCAGACUGGAGGGGGUACUCAGAAGACUUCAACAGGCACAGGCAGUGUUAGGCAUGCAGCAGCCAGAAAGUGAUGUUGAGACUCUGUUGCCCUCUGCAUGAAUACUGCCCAGCUCUGCCCUUCUACAGCUGUCCUGGUGAAAGAGCCCUUACAGAACUACUGCUGUGGAAAUUACCCUCUCAUCCCCUGCUGUCCUUGGGAUGGUUGCUUUCACAGGGCGUGAUGCAGCACUGUAGUCUCUGCCUUCAUACACCCUGAUCAGAGGCAGUUCAGCUCAGUCUGUCAAUGCUGCAUGUCGAGGGAGCCAGCCUGGAACACUGAAGUUGCCGUGCCAGUAUUUGUAGCACAGUGCUUUUCCCUGUCCAUAUGGUUGGUUAUAAUUUGUGUAUUUAUUUGUUUACAUAUACUGUAUAUUUAUUAAAGCUGCAUCCCUAGCAGUCCCUAACCAUGCUUUA